AAAUUCCAAUAACUAACGUUACUCUCUAACACACAGGAAAUGCGCUUGGACAUUUGAUGCAAUGUAGAACCUAAUGCAAUGUAUAACCACCAUACUAAAAUCAGAGGUCGACGUACAAACUCGCUAAACGAGUUCAAGAGCUCGUGUGACGUCCCUAAUUUUGAGAUCGUAGUUUACCCUCCAUUACUUAUAAGUUGUCACGUGUUUUAUUCAAUGCCAUGGGAAACAGGGUAGCAUGAGUAAUCGCGUGUGUGCACGUGGUCAGUGACCUGACAUAGAAAGGAUCUAUCUAUAAAUCUACUACUCUGGAAACAGUUUGUCCUCUGCUAGAUGGUUAAGGAAAACAGCAGCCUGUUCUGGCCUAUGGAGAGUGGCCUUGAUGCAGUCCCCAACACCACUCUCCAUGUUAUUCAAUUUAACAUGUUAAGGUUGUGUUGGCCUCAUUUGGCCCUGCUGCGAAGAUGUCCCCACCCACAUCCACAACUGUACAGAUCCUUCAGCUCACAAAGGCCAGGGAAGAGCCGAGGGUUGUUCAGGAAGAUGUUUCUGGGUGUGGCGGUGAGUGUUCCCGCGGUGGUGGGGGUCCAGUACGCCUUUGCGGAACCUCGAGAGAGACGGAAGAUGAAGAUCUUGGUGAAGGGAGUCGGUCGCUUCUGUAGGUCUAUAUAUGUAGGACUCUAUAUCUCAGUAGAUUAUUGGUGGACCUCCAAUGUGACGUUACGUUGCAUGGACGAGAGCAGCUCAUCAUUCGUGGCAGGGAUGUCAUUGUGCCACCAAAGGGCAGCAGACAGCAUGGUGGCGGGAGCGGUGCAGAACGGAGGGAUAUAUGUUAAACUUGGACAGGGACUGUGUGCUUUCAACCACCUGCUGCCUCCUGAGUACGUCAAGACACUGCAUGUCCUGGAGGAUAAGGCUCUUAACAGGAGAUACAAGGAGGUAGACUCUCUGUUCAGAGAGGACUUCAACACUACUCCAGACAGGAUGUUUAAGAAGUUUGACUAUGAGCCCAUCGCAGCAGCCAGUCUGGCUCAGGUCCACAAGGCAGAGCUGCAGGACGGGACUCCUGUUGCUGUCAAAGUGCAGUACAUAGACCUCAGGGAUCGGUUCGACGGUGACAUCAGGACUCUGGAGAUCCUUUUGGACGUUAUAAAGUUCAUGCACCCCAGCUUUGGCUUCAGAUGGGUCCUCAAAGACUUGAAGGGGACAUUGGCUCAGGAGCUAGACUUUGAGAAUGAGGCCAGGAACUCUGAGAGGUGUGCAGAGGAACUGAAACACUUCAAAUUUGUCAUCGUGCCAAAGGUUUACUGGGACCAAACCAGCAAGAGAGUGUUGACUGCAGAGUUCUGUGAAGGCUGCAAAAUCAACAAUGUGGAAGAAAUCAAAAGACAAGGACUUAGCUUGAAAGAUACUGCUGACAAGCUGAUCCGUACGUUUGCAGAGCAGAUAUUUUACACAGGCUUCAUUCACGCUGACCCUCACCCAGGAAACGUGCUUGUGAGAAGAGGUCCAGACAAGAAGGCAGAGCUAGUACUGUUGGAUCAUGGUCUGUAUGAAUACCUCAGUGAAAUUGACAGGGUAGCGCUGUGUAAACUGUGGCGGUCCAUAGUCCUGAGAGACGACACUGCCAUGAAAAGGUACUCCAACAGCCUGGGGGUCAAAGACUACUUCAUCUUCUGUGAGAUGCUGCUGCAGCGGCCAAUCAACAUGCGGGAGCUGGGUCUGUCCAACAUCCUGAGUCGUGAAGAGACAUCCUAUAUGAGGGACAUGGCUGUCAAUCACUUUGACAACAUCAUGGUCGUUCUCAAGUCCAUGCCACGCCCCAUGCUGCUGGUGUUUAGGAACAUCAACACGGUCCGCAGCAUCAACAUCACACUGGGAGCUCCGGUAGACAGAUACUGUGUCAUGGCCAAGAGCGCUGUGCAAGGCUGGGGGCGGCUCUGGGCAGAGAGGCCGGGAGUUCUUCCCAGGUUCAGGGUGUUCCGAUGGGUGUGGACCUCCUGGGAGAGCCUCAAAUUCGAGUAUGCCCUGAGGUCAGAAAUGGCGACGAUGCGUCUGACACGAUACCUGCUGUACCUGUUGUCUUACUUUAACCUCAUAUCGCUGGAUGAGGAAGUCGACCAAUACCUGAAGUAGAGGUUGAGACCCUGACCUCAGCUGCAUACCUGAGACUACUGACUCCCGAUUAAAGCUCAAGAAAUGCACCCCGUUUGACAGGAAGAUAACUAAGUAGUUUAAUAUGAUAGUUGUCAGUUGGGCUGCUACAAUGGUGCUAUGCAUUUAACAUCUACAGUACAUGCCAAAUCUGCUUUGGCAGAAUGUGUAGACUUUAAAAUAUUUUUUUGACUUGUGUCUUAGUCAGGACAGGGAAAAAGCACCAAAUACAGCUCCAAGCCAAAGACUUGACUCGCCAGGAGUCAUGGUAUUGAGGAGCACUGUCUCAAUGCCUCCAAGGAAUGUCAACUGGCAUGACAUGAACACAAGUUAAUGAUUACAAAUGUAGAACCAUUUAUUUUGAUGGUUUAUUUGACCUCAUUCACUGGGGAUGAAUGAUUGCAGUAUGUGUAGGUAAAAAGCCUGAAGUGAUUCCUUUUAGCCAAGAUUCUUGCUGUUGCAAUCUGACUUGAAUGAGAUUAAAGUCGGCCUUCUCAUCAAAUCUUAUUAAUAGCACAUGUUUAGUCACAACAUUCCAGAUUUUUAAAUCUUGUUGCAUUACCUGGAUAAUAGGGCUUAUAGAUGCUGAGAUGACUUUUACUGCAGACAUGUAGUUUGGUCAAGUCAAAUGUUCAUCCCUUUUGGAAAUAUUUGGUUAUCACUCAAGCACCCACCUAACUGCAAAAGCUAAUGCUGCUGAAGAAAUCUUUUAAAAUUGUAUUGUACUUUAAAUGAAGUGCCCUACCUCCCCUUGGAAUUCUUUCUCUUGUAAAUAAUGCAUUGAUGUCCAUGAUAGAUUUGCAUGUUACAGGUGCAGAUCUCAAAUUAUUUGAAGCUAAAAGACCAAGCUGAUUAAAGCAGUGUACAAUCCACUUUUUUUAAUAAAGUUUACUUACAAAAUAUUCUGAGAAA